ACAGAGCGUCAGAUAUAAAAGGAGCAGCCAGAGGAGCUCUCAGUCGCUGUGAAUGCCAUACACCCGUCUCCUGCACACACACAUACACACACACACACACCUACACAUACACAUACAUAUAACACACAUUCACCCCUAUCCACACACUCGGCCCGCGCCUUCUCCCCCUUCAUUCCUGCUCACAUCCCAGGUAGUCUGACCGGAUGAGUUACCCGGUGGAAACGGUAGGGAGCCCCUUCAGGAGAACUAUGGAUACUAGGACGACCGGCUACGGCUAUAGCCGCUCCGCUGGCACCCCCUCCAGCGGCUUUCGCUCCCAGUCUUGGUCCCGGGCAAGCCCCGGCUCCACCAUGACAACGUCCUACAAGAGGAGCGUGAAUAUGCCGGUGUCCCGAGCUUACGGCUCAACGGUGCUCAGCUCCGCCGACAGUGUUGAUUAUAGCCAAACCUCUAUCCUGAACGGAGACUACAAGCGAUCUAGCGAGAAAGAGCAACUUCAAGGGCUCAACGACCGUUUUGCUGUUUACAUUGACAAGGUGCACUACCUGGAGCAGCAGAACACGCAGAUCGAGUCGGAGAUCCAGUCACUGCGGCAGAAGCAGGUGUCGCGCUCCCAGCUGGGCGACGUCUACGACCAGGAGCUGCAGGAGCUUCGCUCCAUGCUGGAGCAGAUCCACCACGACAAGGCGCAAAUCCAGCUCGACACCGACCAUAUCGACGAGGACAUCCAGCGGCUGAGGGACCGCUUGGACGAAGAGGCUCGCAUUCGGGAGGAGACAGAGGCCAUCAUCCGCGUCCUGAGGAAGGAAACCGGGGACUCGAAGUUGGUAAAGUCUGAGUUGGAUAAGAAAGUUCAGUCGCUGCAGGAUGAGAUCGCUUAUAUUCGCAACAACCACGAGGAAGAAGUGAGCGAGCUCAUCGCCCAGAUCCAGGAGUCUCAGGUGACCAUUAAGAGGCAAGACCUCCAGAAGACGGACAUCACCGAGGCUCUCCGGGAGAUCCGCUCCGAGCUGGAGGGACACUCGAACCAGAACCUGCACCAGGUGGAGAACUGGUUCAUGUGCCGCUACGCCAAGCUCACUGAAGCUGCGGAGCAGAACAAGGACGCCAUAAAGUCCGCCCGGGAUGAGAUAUCCGACUACCGCCGCCAGCUGCAGUCCAAGACGGUGGAGCUAGAGUCCGUCCGCGGGACAAGAGACUCGCUGGAGAGGCAGCUGAAUGACAUCGAGGACCGCCACAACAGCGAUCUGUCCAGCCUGCAGGAGACAAUUCACCAGAUGGAUAAUGAGCUCAAGAGCACCAAAUGGGAGAUGGCUCGUCACCUGCGCGAGUACCAGGACCUGCUCAAUGUCAAGAUGGCCUUGGACAUUGAGAUUGCUGCCUACAGGAAACUCCUGGAGGGUGAGGAGACCCACUUCAGCACUUUCCCCUAUCGCCAGGCUGUCACCCCCACCAGAAUCUCUAAAUCUGAGCCUCCCAAGUUUAAGGUGCAGCACAAGUUUGUGGAGGAAAUCAUCGAGGAGACGAGGGUGGAAGACGAAAAAUCUGAAAUGGACCAGGCCCUGGCAGAUAUAGCACAAGAGCUGUCUGCCACACUAGGAGGGGGAGGAGAUGAGGAAGAGGAGGACCAGGGGGAAGAGGGAGGAGAGGGAGAGGAAGCAGAGGAAGAGGGAGAAGAGGGUGAGGAAGAGGAAGUUGUAGCCGCAACUGAAGCCAAAGUUAGCUCCAGUGCACCCGCUAAAGAGGAAGAGGAGGCUGAGGAAGAUGUAAAAGGUGGCGAUGAGGAAGAAGAGGGGGAGGGAGAAGGCGGUGAAGAAGGAGAGAAGGAAGAAGAAGGUAAGGGAGUGGAUAAGGAAAAGGGGGAUGAUGCAGAGGAAGGUGAGGGAGGAGAAGAGGGAGAUGAGGAAGUUGAGGAGACAGUAUUGUGCUCCAAAGCACCAGAGUCUAAAGCCACCCCUGACAAAGAGAAGGCCGUCGACAAAGAAGGAGAAGAGGAAGCUGGUGGCGAAGAGGAGGGCGGCGAUCAGGAUGAAGAUGCAGGCAGUGAGAUAGCAUCCAAAAACGGAGAUGAGAAAGAGGAAAGUGAGCAUGCUGACAAAGGCAAAAAGGAUGAGAGGGAAAAAGACGAGAAGAAGGUAAAAGAUGAGAAAACGGAUGACAAAUCAGAAGAAGCUGUAGCCAAGACAGAAGCUCCGAAAACAGAGGCUGCAAAGCCCGAGGCUGCAAAGCCCGAGGCAAAGAACGAGGAAGCCGCCAAAACUGAGGCAUCAAAACCUGAUUCUCCAAAGCCUGACUCUCUAGAACCUGAAUCUCCCAAGCCCGCAUCUCCGAAGUCCGAGUCCCCCAAAGUAGGCUCACCGAAGUCGGAAUCCCCAAAACCUGAGUCCCCUAAGUCAGAAUCCCCAAGAGCUGAAUCCCCAAAGACAGAGACCUCCAAGCCCGAGGCCCCUAAAGCUGCUGAAGAGAAAUCAGAGAAAAAGAGCGACUCAACAGAAAAAAAGGUUGAAAAGAAGGAUGUUGCCAUGAAUGGCGAUUUAGACAAGAGCAGCCCAGAAGAGAAAGAGAAGAAGGACGAGGAGAAAGAAGGCGUCGUGAUCACUAACGGCGUGGACGAGAGCCCGUCCAAGGACGAUGGCAGCCAGAAAGUGGUGAUCACCAAAACCGUGGAGACAAUCACAACCGGAGAGGACGGAUCCAAGCAUGUGACCAAAUCUGUCACUGUGACCGAGACGAUGAAGGAGGAGGUGGAGGAGGUGAUGCAGGUCUCCACCAAGAAAACCGAGAAGCACUCCACCGAGUCCAUCAAGCAGGUGACCGAGGCCGAAUGAGGAGACUCCCAAUGGCUGAUCUGGCAGAUAGGACACGAUGGCAAGCAAUCAACCCACAACUAACAUAACAAAGAAAAUCAUACGGCUAGAGCGAUGUAAUAAAGAAAACCACUCUGAUACAAAACAAAUCAUACAGAGAAGCCAACAUUUUAAUGCUACAAAUUUCAAAAAUGCAUGUUGAGGGACAGCUUUAAAGAGGCUUUGCUACAGACGUGUCAGGAGCAAGCGACUGAGACAUUUUAUCCUCUUUUUCUUUCUUUCUGCAGUUAACAGGUGAGCUCAUUGGAGGGAGGGAGGGAGGGAGGGAAGGAGGUAGGGAGGGAGGGGGGGUAUCUGCAUGCUAGCUCAGGAGAGGGGAUUACUUUCCUUUCUUAUCUGUAUGUAUGGUAGAAAUACACUGUAAAAAGAGUAAUUAUGUUAAAGGAAUAUAUUUAAUGUGGGUGGGAGAGUAAGAUAAAUACUAUUGAGGUUGAGAGUUUUUUGAGUUGAGUUGAAGGGGAUGGAACGGGAGGUGGAGGGUCCUCUACACAGACAUGUGCUUUAUUGAAGACGCCUUACUUGACAUGUGAAGAUACCAACUGAGCCAAAAAGAAACUACCAAGAAACACACUACAUACAGAGAAGAAAGAAACAGGGAGUGAUAUGACCACAUACAUCCAGUAACUGUAGCAGUUAAAGCUUAACAAACCUGAAGAAACUACUAGCCUUAAACAUGCUUUUUAUCAGUGUCUGUUAUGUUUACCUGAGUGCAACUGAAAAGAAAAAAAAACUGUAAAUGCGCUGAUUUAUGCAUUCUUGCAUAGGAUGGACUUGAAUUAAAUUACAGAAAUAAAUGAGGUGCUACUGUUUGCAAUCCCAUGACUUUACUCAUCAUGAACGAUUUCCCAGCAGCAUUUGCUCAAUAAAUGUCAUAAUGAAGUAAAAAA